AUGGAUGAUCAAAGUUAUGACAAUAAUUCGGUUAAUGGUUCUAAUAACCAAAAUCCUAAUCUUGUUCUUUAUUCAAACGGAGAAACAAAUUUUACUAUCUCGGCUCCUAUUCAAAACAAUCAAAAUGCCGAAUUUACCGACUUUAUCCAUGGAAACUUAGCUCACGACAAUCUCAAUCAACAAGGCUCUUUUAGCGGCUAUUCU